AUGUUAAAGAAGCUCAAGCUUGAUCCUCUACUUCGCGACGAGAUUCUGGUGACUGUUAUGACCAACUAUCCAGAGUUUUAUGCUGAAUGGUCGGCAGAUGAUGUAACUGAACUUCUUGUGUUGGUCGCCGAAGCCAGUGAUGACGUCUCUCCAGUGUUUAUUCCAGAACCCUCGGAUGGAAAUCGGGCCGGGGCAUUCCUUCAAUUUUUUGCUCAACGUGCCCUAGAAUCUGUUGAAGAAGCUCGACGACGAGAGGAGUCCCAAGCUCUGUAUCUUGAAGCUGCUCAGAGAGAAGCAACACACAGACAGGAGAUUCUUCGACAACGGGUAAAUGAUUCUGAAACCCCUAUUGAAAUUUCUCCUGAUAGACUUGUUGAUUCUUCUACCAUCGUCUGUUCCCCUGUGAAUGCUGAUCCUCUAUCUUUGCCUGUGACUAAUUUUGCUAGUGAAAAAUCUGAUGCGUUGCAUGUGUCUGAUGAGAAAACAAAGUCCUCUGAUAAGCCAAAUCCACUGAAGUCUUGUCCUGCUGUUGAUCCUCCUGCCUUACCUGCAUCUGUUAAAACUGUUGAUUUAUCAAGUCCCCACAAGUCUGAGAAAACAGGUGGAGUCCCUGUUUACACUGCAACAUCUUUAGGAGAAAGCCUGGAACAUGUGCGACAUUUUGCUAGGUUACCAUCUGCUUCGAUCCCUCAACCUUAUCGAGUGAUACACCCUUUAGAAUCCUCCAGUGAAGAUGAUAAGAUACUGGCUAAGGUGUAUGGAUCCCAAGCACCUUCUUCUGCUGCCCCUACUGUUGAGGCAACUGUUCAUCCUGAUUCCACGAAUUUCAGAAUUCGAGAGAUAUCAAAUAUUGUUGGGAGCUCAUCUGCAAAUGUUUCUGAUUCUAGCCACUCUGUGACUCCAGUCCAGUCCCCAUCCAGAGAAACAAGACGGACAAUAAGGAAGAAUGUUCCAACGAAGCCUGUGAAGAAGAGAAAGUCGAGUGAGACUGCUAAGCCUGAAGGAGACCCACCUAUCCACCAAGUUUUCAAGACUCUACGUUCCUCUGUUAAGCAACAAGGAACUACUGCUGCUCAAGCUACUUCUGCACCAGCCCCCUCUGCCAGAAAAGGGAAACCUACCACAAGGUCAAGAGGUCGAAGUGUAACUCCGGAGGUUCCACCUAUUGAAGGAAUUGAUACUACUGUUUACAAACCUCAGUUUGUAUCCCCUGCUGCACAAACAAAAUGGGCCACUAUGGUCAGAAGGGAGAUGAUUGUUCAAAGAACUGUGGAUGAGAAUCAACUGAACUCCGUUUGCGACAUCCUGCCCUUGCUGAAUGAAGUUGGUCUUUUGAAAACUGCUACAGAUGUUUGCCCUUACUCCAAGCUGCUCACAUAUGAGUUCUAUUGCAAUCUCAGUGAUGAGAUUGACAGUCUCACAGGGCCACGACCGAUGCAAAUCUUCAUCAGAGGGAAGUGGUAUGAUUUUGGGCCAGAUGUGAUAAAUAAAUACUAUGGCUUGCCUACUGUGCAAGAAGAAGUUGUUACUGAAUGGGACGUGGUGGCCAAAACUCUUACCGGUGGACAUACUACAUCUUGGCCUACAGGAGAUAAGGACUAUUUGCUGAGCUCGCAUCUCACGUCUAGAUAUGUCAUCCUACAUCGCCUGGCUCUUCACAACUGGCUUCCAUCAGCUCAUUUCAACACAGUUGGCAAGCUUCUGGGUCUUAAGCCUAUGCCCAGCGAAGUGAUCAGUCCGACGCUGCUAUAUACUGUUGAUAAACGUCUUCUUUCUGGAGAUCAUAUUAAGGAUGUCGUUCCUGUGACUGCCCCAUCCAAUUCGGAACCUGAUGCUAUGAAUUAUGAGUCUCCUCAUGCUAAUGAUGUGAAGCUUUCCGAACAAUUGAAGGCGCGAGUUGCUGAUCUUGAGACGGUGCACGGUAUCAUUGCCAAGCAACUGACGGGUGCGCGCACUGAGCUAGCUACUGUUCUUCUCCGCAUGAGCCUGUCUGAUACUGCUGCUGCUGCUGAGGAUCCCGUGAAGUCUGACUGUGACUCUCCCUCAAAUGCUUGA